AUGAGACCGUCACGACGAUAUGCGACAGUGUGGCUGUCCGUGCGACGACUGGUGGCCGUUGUGACCGUCUCAAUACGAUCUACAUUUGUUGCGUUAUGUAACGCUGCCGUGCAUAUGACUUUACGCAACAGUGCCAGAUAUGCUAAUUUCAAGACUGAUCCUCAGCCCCCAUUGAAUCCUCCAGUACGUCAGUCAGCUCAAAGGUCUCAAGUAGCCAAAACUUCUGUCUCAACAACUUCAAUCAGUAAACAACCACCUUCCGCCAAUCCAAAUGCAUCGGUCACAAGAUGCUACAACUGUUCAUCGAAUGGUCAUUAUGCCUCAUCGUGUACCAAACCAAAGCGUGAGCCAGGUUCCUGUUUCAAGUGCGGUUCCACAUCACAUCAACUUAGGGCAUGCCCUUCAGCAGGUACCAACAAUAAAGAAGAUGUAGCUUUAGUCCAGUCACCUUCAGAAAAUGUAAAUUCCACCUAUACUAUUAAGUUAGCUCUUAAGUUCCCUAGCAAUGAGAUGGUUAAUGUCCUAGCUAUUGUUGAUACAGGCAGUCCUGUUAGUUUGUUAAGACAAAAUAUAGUUCCUUUAUGGUCACCACCACAAGUUCCUCCAAUAUUAUCGUCUGGGUUGGUGGGUAUAAAUGGUUCAGAACUAGUUGUGUUAGAUCAAAUGUUUGUAGAUAUUCUACCACCGGAUGAUGAACACCCGAUUAACGUUAAUAUCAAUAUAGUCCCAGAUAGCACCAUUAAAUGUGACUUACUAGUAGGUAGAAACUUUUUAUCUCAUCCAAGAGUAGUAUUAACCAUAAAUAGUGGUUCCUUUGAAAUUGAUUUUAAGCGUUCAGAUAUUGUUCCUUUUGAUGAGAUACUUAGUAUAAAAAGUAGCCAAGACUAUAAAAGUAUUGAGCUAAACCUGAAUAUAGAGGAAACUUUACCUAGUCAUGUUAAAAGUGAAAUUGAAAAUAUUGUGACUAGUCUUUAUGUAAAUAAUAGUUCCCCUCCGUCUAAACUGAUAACAUAUGAUCCACCUGAACUUAAGAUUGAACUUAAGGAUAGCAGUAUAUUUAAUUUAAAUCCAAGAAGAUUGUCUUUCUUUGAGAAAGAUUAA